AUGGUUGAAGUUGAUGCAGCAGCAGCAGCGCCAAUUCGCAACGAUGAACAACAACAGAUCAAUGGUUACACAAAAAGCAAGAAAGAGAACGAAUCCGCCAAUGAGAAGUAUGCCGUACAGGCGCCUUCACGUGGGUCACAGCAGGAUGAAAUAAUCCGCGAGGUCGUGCAAAUUUUUGAAAAGAAAAAUGCGGCUCAACUCAGAAGCAUGGUCAAUACGCUGUGCGCAACAAGAAGUCUCACAUUUCAGCGAUAUGUUGAGGUUAAUUAUGUGUGUGUGUUUUUAAAAAUGCCUUCUUUUUUUACCCAAACAUGA